AUGAUGGUGCCGAGUCGGGCUACGUUCUGCCAUCCCUAUCAGCCCUAUCCUAUUCAGCUGGACUUUAUGACCAAUCUAUACCGGUGCAUUGAAGAAAAGAAGGUGGGCAUCUUUGAGUCUCCAACGGGCACAGGCAAGUCCUUGAGUCUAAUAUGUGGCGCCUUGACAUGGCUUCGAGAUCACGAACGUCGCUCUUUAGAUGACAGUACGGAGGACCCUGAUGACUCUGACUGGCUGCUGCAAGCUGAAAUGGUAGCUCAACGCCGUGCAUUGAUGCUGGAGCGCGAAGAGCUCGAGCUAAAGCUUGCAAAGCUCCGAGAGGAAGAAGUCCGUCAAAGACAGAAAAAGGCCGACACAAGGGGACUCAAGAAAGUCCGCACUGCAAAGGGACUUGAUCAAGAACAAACUCCUGAUGAUGCGGAAUUUCUGGUUGAUGAGUACGAGAGUGACCAAGACGGCGCAACAACUUCUCCGACCUCCAACCAUGGAUUUUCAUCUUCUACCCAGGCACUGCUAGACAAGCUUCGAAAGCCUAUGCAAAGAGAGGCCGAACAAGCAGAGAAAGACCGACUCAAGGUCAUUUUCUGUUCACGCACCCAUUCCCAAUUGACCCAGUUCGUGAAUGAACUACGACGUGUGAACCCUCCGUCUUCUCUUCCAGCAGCUUUGAAGCAUUCGACAUCGAAUACCAAGCUAGAAGAGAGAGUCAAGCACCUCGCUCUUGGUUCGAGGAAGAACCUGUGCAUCAAUCCCAAAGUCCUACGUUUACCAUCUACCACCGCUAUCAAUGAACGAUGCCUGGAACUUCAGAAACCCAGCACAGCAAAAGACAAGAAGUGCCCAUAUCUCCCUUCGAAGGAAACCAAGGAAAGGGUAGACCUGUUUCGGGACAAGGUCAUUGCCCGCAUCAGGGACAUUGAGGACAUCAGCAACCUUGGUAGGACCAUGGAAUUAUGUCCCUACUAUGCGUCUCGGACUGCUAUAGCUCCGACAGAAGUCUUAAGUCUGCCAUAUCCUCUUCUCCUACAGAAAUCCGCCAGAGAAGCCUUGGGCGUGUCUGUCAAGGAUAAUGUGAUCGUCAUUGACGAAGCUCAUAAUCUGAUGGACGCCAUAGCAGAUACGUUCUCGGUCUCCUUGCGACUGAGUCAGCUGGAGCACGCUGUGCACCAAAUGACGGCCUAUGCACUUCGCUUCAAACAGCGUCUCAAAGGGAAGAACCGAGUAUAUGUCACGCAAGUGAUUCGGUUGCUGAAUUCGCUGACAGAUUGCUUGCGAGAUACAAUGGAGAAGUCGCACUCACAAGAGAACACUGUGACCGCUGCCGAUCUUAUGUCAGGGAAAGGCGUGGACCAGAUCAAGCCACACAAGUUGUUACAGUAUCUGCAUGAAAGCAAACUAUGUCAUAAAGUCGAAGGAUAUAGUGACGCUCAAGCGGGCGAGGGAGACACUAACCCCUCCAAAGGCAGCAUGAUGCAAUUCCAAAAUUUCCUGGUCGUACUGAUGAACCCAGAUGACGAAGGACGCUUCUUCGUUGGCCGACAAGGCCAGGACAUUGUUGUACGCUAUACUCUGCUCGACCCAAGAGAACAUUUUCGGGAUAUCGUGCAAGAGUCUCGGGCAGUGAUCCUAGCUGGAGGCACAAUGUCCCCAAUGUCUGACUACGUCGACUAUCUCUUUUCAUAUCUAGAGAGGAGCAGAAUUGAGACUUUCAGCUUCGGCCAUGUCAUCCCAGUGUCUCAUCUGUUUGCUCGAGCCGUUGGGAGAGGCCUUUCCGGUAUCGAUUUCGAUUUCACCUACGACAAACGUGGUUCAGAAGGAAUGAUAUCUGAGCUUGGGCAGCUGAUUGUGAAAAUUUGCGCUGUUGUGCCCGAUGGAGUUGUUGUGUUCUUUCCCAGCUACGACUACCUUACUCAGGUUGUCUCCAUCUGGCAGAAGUCUUCAACAAACCGCUCUACGAUGGAGAGGUUAGCCGAGAAGAAACCGGUAUUUCAGGAAUUGAAGGGCAUCUCGGUUGAUGAGCUUCUGCGUGACUACGCACUCGCAGUGGAUUCUGGAAAAGGGGGACUAAUGUUGUCAGUCGUUGGUGGGAAAUUAUCAGAAGGUAUCAACUUUUCGGACAAGCUUGGCCGAGCAGUCAUUGCCGUGGGGCUGCCUUUUCCCAACGCCAAUGGGGCUGAAUGGACAGCGAAGAUGCAGCACAUUGAAGAUGUUCGCUAUCAGCAAUGCAAGAAAGAGUGCAUGAAAGAGGGUGACUGCAGGUCUGCGGCCAAAAGUGCCAGCAAAGACUUCUACGAAAAUGCAUGUAUGAGGGCGGUGAACCAGAGCAUUGGCAGGGUCAUCCGCCACAGAAACGACUAUGCUGCCAUCCUGAUGGUCGACCGAAGGUUCUCAUCAGAGAGGAUAAGGCAAAAAUUGCCAGGCUGGAUUAAAAACAAUAUGGAAUAUGGCGUUAUGGAUUGGAAGGCAAUCGAGGACGGGCUUCGAGAUUUCUUCAAAGGAAAGUGCUGA